AUACUCAGGGACUCAUCUCUCAUUGACAAUGAGAUUGUGAAAAUGCACUGUGAUGCGAGGAUCAUUGAUAGAGAAUCUAGGCAUAUUCACAUAUAUCUGGUCAGAGAUUGUGUGAGUAGGAGAGAGAUGAUCAUAGGCUCACAGAGCUGCAGAAGAUACUGGCAACAUCAGAAGCUUCACAAGAACU